ACCCAAACCAAAAGCCUACCGCCAUACAGCAAACUGCAAACAUGUUGAGCCUUACAACACUUUCUCUACUCCUCCCUCUUAGUACCGCUUUCGUCAUCAAAGACGUCCAAAAGCCAUUACCCCCUUCUCAAAAUACCCUCACUCCCUCCCUCGACAAUAUCUCCAUCCCAACCUUCGAAAGAUUCGCCAUCGAAGACAUGAGCGACACAGCAUUCUAUCUGCAUCAUAAAUCCACAAAACAUCUCCUCGGCGAGCGUUCCUACCUUCUCCUUCGUCAAGCAGAACUCGAGAGCAGAGAAGACGAGAUUUGGAAUUGGAUUUGGAAGAACGAGGUGGAAUGUGGGAAUUGGGCUGAUGAAGGCUUGGACGAUUACGAGGAUCAGCUGAGACUAUGGUUAUCAGAUAAUCGUGUGUUUAGUGUCGAUCCAACAGUCGUGCCUCAGCAUAUCAUCACUGGUAUCGAAGAUCUGGCCACGCAAGAGUGGAAGACGCGAUCGGAGAUGAGACGGAGGAGUUAUUGCAGCGAGGAUCGUGACGACGAUAAGGACGGCGGAAAGUCGUCCAUAAGCGGACUCGAGACUUCUGAGCCUGCCUGGAGAGCAGUCGUCCCUGAUGAGUACCUUGUCUACCAGAUUCCCUCCAGUGUUCUGGAACAGGAGAUGGAGAAGGAGCAGGAGGUUUGGGAGGCCCGUGUGGAGAAGAAGAAGCAGGAUAUUUUGGCCGGCAGGUUGUCUGUUAGAGACAUGAAAAUGCCUGACCUUGCAAAGUGUGAGAAGCUGGAGUCGCGUGUCUGGCAGGAAGAUCACUAGACAUAUGACCGAUCUAGUAUUGACAGGGCAGAGAAUCUUGUCUUGUCAAAGUUAGAGAAACAGAGGAAGCCUGAAAAGCAUCCAUAAUUACACAUCUGCUUGCAUCUCAAGAAAACGAGAGUGUGGAGAAG